CACAACCUCCUGAGCUGCUGGGAUUACAGGUGGAAUGAACCUUACUUGUUGAAUAACUCCUGGCUACCGGAUUCACUUAUAAAAGAAUCAUUUUCUCCUGUGUGGAAGCCACUUAGUGGCAUAUUUAAUUAUAAACCCAGGGAUUGCAAAGCCUUUUGAAGGAGGCUUCCUGAAGGAGGGACAUACCACUAUAUCAAAUAAGCUUGACAUUAACAGCCAAAAUGGUGCUGUCCCAGAGACGAGAUGAACUAAAUCGAGCUAUAGCAGAUUAUCUUCGUUCAAAUGGCUAUGAAGAGGAAUAUUCGGUUUUUAAAAAAGAAGCUGAAUUAGAUAUGAAUGAAGAAUUAGAUAAGAAGUAUGCUGGUCUUUGGAAAAAAUGGACAUCUGUUAUUAGAUUACAAAAUAAGGUUAUGGAAUUAGAAUCAAAGCUAAAUGAAGCAAAAGAAGAAUUUACGUCAGGUGGUCCUCUUGGUCAGAAACGAGACCCAAAAGAAUGGAUUCCUCCUCCACCAGAAAAAUAUGCACUGAGCAGUCAUAGGAGUCCAGUUACUCGUGUCAUUUUCCAUCCUGUGUUCAGUGUUAUGGUCUCUGCUUCAGAGGAUGCUACAAUUAAGGUGUGGGAUUAUGAGACUGGAGAUUUUGAACGAACUCUUAAGGGACAUGCAGACUCUGUACAGGACAUUUCCUUUGACCACAGUGGCAAGCUUCUGGCUUCCUGUUCUGCAGAUAUGACCAUUAAACUAUGGGAUUUUCAGGGCUUUGAAUGCAUUAGAACCAUGCACGGCCACGAUCACAAUGUCUCUUCAGUAGCCAUCAUGCCCAAUGAAGAUCAUAUAGUGUCUGCCUCAAGGGAUAAAACUAUAAAAAUGUGGGAAGUGCAAACUGGCUACUGUGUGAAGACAUUCACAGGACACAGAGAAUGGGUACGUAUGGUGUGGCCAAAUCAGGAUGGCACUCUGAUAGCCAGCUGUUCCAAUGACCAGACCGUGCGUGUAUGGGUCGUAGCAACAAAGGAAUGCAAGGCUGAGCUCCGAGAACAUGAACAGGUGGUAGAAUGCAUUUCCUGGGCUCCAGAAAGCUCAUAUUCUUCCAUCUCUGAAGCAACGGGAUCUGAGACUAAAAAAAGUGGCAAGCCUGGACCAUUCUUGCUGUCUGGAUCCAGAGACAAAACUAUUAAGAUGUGGGACGUCAGUACUGGCAUGUGCCUUAUGACCCUUGUGGGUCAUGAUAACUGGGUACGUGGAGUUCUGUUCCAUUCUGGGGGAAAAUUUAUUUUGAGUUGUGCUGAUGACAAGACCCUAUGUGUAUGGGAUUACAAGAACAAAAGAUGCAUGAAGACCCUCAAUGCGCAUGAAUACUUUGUUACCUCUUUGGAUAUCCACAAGACGGCACCCUAUGUGGUUACUGGCAGUGUAGAUCAAACAGUAAAGGUGUGGGAGUGCCGUUGAUUCUCAUUGGGCCCCUCCUCCCUUUUUUUCUCUGGAUGCACUCUGAUGAUACCAUGGUUACCC